UGAGAUUCGGAACUAAACUAUGCUUUUUGGGUACACUCCUAUUUAAAUAAGGAGCUGUUUCCAUUUUUCGAUACUUUGACAAAACAUGUGGAAAGUAGCUUCAGGCAUUGCUUUGUUUCUCUUCGGAAGGCUCUCUUUAUUUCUGCUGCUGUCUUCUUCUUUCAAUCUCGACAACAAAGUUUCUGCCUUCGGAAGCAGCUUGAGCCAAACCCCGGAUUUGUCCAAUUCUGUUUCCACAUUGCAUACCAAUCACUCGCGUUCGCUUCUCGGCAGCAUAGAUGAAGUCGGUAAAAAAAUCCCAAUCGCGAUGGCUCCAGCUACAGCUCCGGUUAAUUGCAGGCCCCUGAUCAAAUCAGAAUUCACCUUUCCUGUAAACUCCACUCCUUUCCUUAUGUGCCAUGCCUCCACAAUAGUAGAGGUUGGUAAAGAUCAUUUUUUGGUGGCUUAUUUUGGUGGUUCGUAUGAAGGAGCACCUGACGUCAAAAUUUGGUUACAAACAUACAUGGAUGGUAAAUGGUUCGCUCCGGCUGUGGCUGAUAAUCAGACCGGUGUUCCAAUGUGGAACCCAGCUCUAUUUAAGCUUCCGUCCAACGAGGUGCUUUUGUUCUAUAAAGUUGGCCCCAGUACCCAACAAUGGAGUGGAUGCAUGAAGCGGUCCUAUGAUUUCGGUCUUACUUGGUCAGGAAGAGAACAGCUUCCUCCUGGUAUUUUAGGACCGAUCAAGAACAAGCCCUUCUUGUUGGAAAAUGGCACCUUGCUAUGUGGAACUUCGGUAGAAAGUUGGAAUUCCUGGGGGGCAUGGGUCGAGAUGACACAUGAUGCUGGUAUGACGUGGAAAAAGUAUGGACCGAUAUAUAUCAAGGGCGACACUCUCAGUGUGAUUCAACCAGUUCCAUACAAGACUGCAAACGGGUACUUGCGCGUUCUGAUGCGAUCCUUUACGGGAAUCGAUAGGGUUUGUAUGUCGGAAUCCCGUGAUGGUGGCUACACCUGGAGUUAUGCAACACUUACUCAACUACCCAAUCCAAAUUCAGGGAUUGAUGGAGUAAAGUUAACAGAUGGCCGCCUCCUACUUGCUUACAAUACAGUGUCCAGAGCAAUUUUGAAAGUUGCCAUCUCACCUGAUGAUGGGGAUACCUGGAAAGAGGCCUUGACAUUAGAGGAUACAACGGGAAUGGAAUUCUCUUAUCCGGCUGUUAUACAGGCUAGUGAUGGAUUCGUUCACAUCACGUAUACAUAUAACAGGACUCAGAUUAAGCAUGUUGUUCUUCAACCCAACUGUAUGUAGGGCAUAUUGAUACGAGAAAAGGUUGGUAUAUAUUCCAUGUAAUUUAUCUGCUUUAAGUGUCGUGUGGGUCAGAGUAUUUCGAUGGUGCUCCAACUGAUGCUGUUGUAAAAAUUAUAUGAUUUUUCGAAGAGAAAAAAUGCAAGACGUUAUUGUAAGUUAUGUCUUAAUUUGUAGAUUUCAUGUACUUGCUUCGUUUGCUACAUAUUGGUCUACAGCUUGAUUGAGUUGCGUAUUUUUUCUGUAAUAACUCGCUGAAUGGAGGAACAUUUUAUUUUCUUCUAUAAAGUAAAUUCCGAGUUUUGGUCGGAA